GCCCCCUUCCUGGUCCGCACGGCGCCGCCGCAGCACUCUCGCCCCGGCCGUGGCCCUCGGCGGCUCCGGCGGACUCGGUGAGCCGCUCUGACAAUGGGGCUGCCCUGCUCCGCUGUCGCGCCGGUUAUCGGCGCAUCUCGCAGACGGCGGGACCGUAGCUCCCGGCGGGACUACAACUCCCGGCGCGCCCCGCCUCGGAACUACAGCUCCCGGCGUGCUCCGCGGUGUAGGACAGCUUCGGGCUGACCCCGCCUCAGGACUACAACUCCCGUAGUGCCCCGCGGCUCAGCCCCGCCCCGGCGGGGCGCGGUUUCCGUUCAGCAGCAUGGCGGCAGCGGCGCGGAGGGUGCGGGUCCGGUGCAUCCCGGUGCCACCGGGUGUACAGCGCUGGUGCCGAGCGCUGACGGGGACCGCUGAGCCACCGCCGCCCCCUCCCCCUCCUCCUCCUCCUCCUCCUCCUCCUUCCCAUCCUCCGCCGCCGUCCGCCCGGGGCCGGUCUCUGGCGGCGGCGGUGGGCGCCGGGGCGGCAGCGCUGAUGCUGCUGUGGGCCCGGGAGCGCCGCCGGCCCCCGCUGAGCGCCGCCGUGCCCGCCCCGCCGCCCGCCCCGCCGCCUACCUCGCCCCGCGCCGCCUUCAACUUCAUCGCUGACGUGGUGGAGAAAACGGCGCCCGCGCUGGUCUACGUGGAGAUCGUGGGCAGGCACCCCUUCCUGGGCCGGGAGGUGCCCAUCUCCAACGGUUCGGGCUUCGUGGUGUCCCCGGACGGGCUGAUCGUCACCAACGCGCAUGUGGUGGCCAACCGGCGGCGCGUGCGGGUGAAGCUGGCGAGCGGCGAGAUGUACGACGCCGUGGUGCAGGACGUGGACCAGGUGGCCGACAUCGCCACCAUCAAGAUCAAGCCCAAGCACCCGCUGCCCACGCUGCCGCUGGGCCGCUCGGCCGAGGUGAGGCAGGGCGAGUUCGUGGUGGCCAUGGGCAGCCCCUUCGCCCUGCAGAACACCAUCACCUCGGGCAUCGUCAGCUCGGCGCAGCGCGGCAGCCGCGAGCUGGGCCUGGCCGCCAGCGACAUGGAGUACAUCCAGACCGACGCUGCCAUUGAUUUUGGGAACUCUGGGGGCCCCCUCGUCAACCUGGACGGCGAGGUGAUUGGGGUGAACACCAUGAAGGUGACGUCGGGCAUCUCCUUUGCCAUCCCCUCCGACCGGCUGCGGAAGUUCCUGCAGAAGGAGGAGCACCGCAAGAGCUCUUGGUUUGGCAAUGCAGAGUCGAAGCGCCGGUACAUCGGGGUGAUGAUGCUGACCCUCACUCCCAGCAUCCUGGCAGAGCUGAAGCUGCGUGACCCCACCUUUCCCGACAUCUCCUACGGCGUGCUGAUCCACAAGGUGAUCAUCGGCUCCCCAGCACACCAGGCAGGGCUGAAGGCCGGGGACGUGGUGCUGGAGAUCAACGGGACGGUGUCGCGGCGCGCCGAGGACGUGUACGAGGCCGUGCGGACGCAGCAGAGCCUGGCCCUGCUGGUGCGGCGCGGCUACGACACCCUGCUGGUGAGCGUCGUCCCCGAGGUCACCGAGUAGCAGAGAGCACCCGGCUGGAGCCGAGGGCAGAGACUGAGAUGUGUCUGUGCUGGCCAGGCAGAGACGGAGAGCAGGGCUGGAAGGGGCCAGGAGAGGGGCCUGUGCUUGGGUGACUUGUGGUGCAGCCGCUCCCCUCUGUACUCAAAUAAAGCACUUUUCUAGCGGC